CACAAAGGUAUUUUUAUGAUUGUUUUAACUUUGCCAAGUUAAAAAUUAGAAGGUACAUACGAAAGAAAGAGCAUUGAGAACCUUCUUCAUAUAAUAUUAAUAAUAAACAUUUUGUCUAUUAUUAUUAGCCUUAAAGAUCUGAAGGAGCUGCCUGCAACCAACGGCAAGAUGUUUUUGAACGGGAUGUACACCGAUGGUUAUACUUGCCGCUUACUAUUCUGUCGUCGUACUGAGCCAUCUUCGUCAACUAAAAGCAUUGCCCUAGAACUCGAUGACUUUAACACUGAAGAGGUUAAUACUUAUUUUAGGCCAUGUACAGUUGAUACCGGAAGGAAGGAUGUGUUUGUAUUCUACCAUGGAGACAAUGAUGUGAGACGUCUUUCUUCAAAAGAAUACUACAAUAUGGGCGGUGUUAAGCAAAGACAUAAACAGGAACAAGAACUCAAAAAAAGCUUGGGUAUUGAUCAAAUUGAGACCAAUAUCCCCUCACCUAAAACCACGUCUCAUGAUACCUAUAUACUGUAUAUUACGUAUAUUCUCCAACAUAUUUAUACACUGUUUAAUUUCUACGGGUUUAGAACUACCAAUAGUAGAUGGUGUAAUUAUAUCGCAUCACAAAAGAGUAUAGAGGACGCCGUUAAUAUCCUUUUAAAUGGAUCUACAAAGUACAACAAGAAAAGAAGGAAAAAUAAGAAGAAGAGUAAA